GUGAGGCCGCUGGGCCGCUGUGGGUCCCUCUCCUCCGCGGCCAUGGCGGGAGGCCCUGCGGACGUCCGCAAACUCUUCCUUUUCACGACCACCCAGAAUUACUUCGGGCUGAGGCCGGAGCUCUGGGACCAGCCCCCGCUGAGCAACUGCCCGGAGGUGAACAACUUCUUGGACGACGGCAACCAGAUGCUGCUCCGCGUGCAGCGCUCCGAAGCUGGGCUGGCCUUUUCCAACACGAUUGAUUUCGACGACACAAAGGAUAAAGUGCUGGUGUUUUUCAAGCUCCGACCCGAAGUAAUCACAGAUGAGAAUCUGCAUAACAACAUUCUAGUUUCAUCUAUGUUGGAGUCACCUGUCAGUUCCCUUUACCAAGCAGUACGGCAGGUGUUUGCACCCAUGUUGCUAAAGGACCAGGAAUGGAGCAGAAACUUUGAUCCUAAACUUCAGAAUCUUUUGAGUGAACUAGAAGCUGGACUGGGUGUAGUUCUACGGAGAUCAGAUACUAACUUACCCAAACUGAAACUUAAGGAAGACGAUACAAGAGGUAUCCUCACACCAAGUGAUGAGUUCCAGUUUUGGACAGAGCAAGCUCACCGUGGAAAUAAACAGAUUAGUAAAGAAAGAGCCAGCUAUUUUAAGGAAUUAUUUGAAACAAUUGCAAGGGAAUUUUAUAACUUGGACAGUCUGUCCUUGCUAGAAGUUGUUGACUUGGUGGAGACGACUCGGGAUGUUGUAGACGAUGUGUGGAGACAAACAGAGCAUGAUCAUUACCCCGAGUCACGCAUGCUGCAUCUCCUAGAUAUUAUAGGUGGUUCAUUUGGAAGGUUUGUUCAGAAAAAGCUGGGAAGUUUGAAACUGUGGGAAGAUCCUUAUUAUCUUGUGAAAGAAAACCUGAAAGCUGGCAUUUCAAUUUGUGAGCAGUGGGUGAUAGUCUGCAGUCAUCUCACAGGUCAGGUGUGGCAGCGCUAUGUCCCUCAUCCAUGGAAGAAUGAGAAGUAUUUUCCAGAAACCCUUGACAGGCUGGGCAAGCGCCUGGAGGAGGUCUUGGCUAUUCGAACAAUUCAUGAAAAGCUCCUGUAUUUCUUACCAGCCAGUGAGGAGAGAAUUAUAUGCUUGUCUCGAGUAUUUGAGCCUUUUACUGGUGUGAACCCCGUACAGUACAAUCCAUAUACUGAGCCAUUAUGGAAGGCUGCAGUGUCUCAGUAUGAAAAAAUCAUUGCACCCGCUGAGCAGAAAAUAGCAGGGAAAUUAAAGAAUUAUAUUUCAGAAAUUCAAGAUAGUCCACAACAGCUUCUUCAAGCAUUUCUAAAAUACAAGGAAUUGGUGAAGCGUCCGACUAUAAGCCAAGAGCUGGUGCUAGAAAGAGAGACAUUAUUGGCAAGACUUGGGGACUCAGCUAAAGAUUUCCGAUUGGACUUUGAGAAUCGGUGCCGAGGGGUUCCUGGAGAUGCAUCUGGGCCACUUUCUGGCAAAAAUCUUUCAGAAGUUGUCAAUAAUAUUGUUUGGGUUCGUCAGUUGGAAUUGAAGGUAGAUGACACUAUCAAGAUUGCAGAAGCGCUCUUGUCUGACCUGUCAGGGUUUCGCUCUUUCCAUCGGAGUGCUGAAGAUCUCUUGGACCAGUUUAAGCUAUACGAGCAAGAACAGUUUGAUGACUGGUCCAGGGAAGUUCAGUCAGGGCUGUCUGAUUCCAGAUCAGGUUUGUGUAUUGAGGCUAAUAGCCGUAUAAUGGAGUUGGAUCCUAAUGAUGGGUCAUUAAAAGUGCAUUAUUCUGAUCGUUUGGUGGUUCUUCUGCGAGAAGUGCGUCAGCUUUCUGCCCUGGGCUUUGUCAUUCCUGCCAAAAUACAACAGGUUGCCAACGUUGCCCAGAAAUUCUGCAAGCAAGCCAUCAUUCUUAAGCAGGUGGCUCAUUUUUACAAUUCCAUUGAUCAACAGAUGAUUCAAAGUCAGAGGCCCAUGAUGCUGCAGUCUGCAUUAGCAUUUGAACAGAUAAUUAAGAAUUCAAAGGCAGGAAGUGGAGGCAAAUCACAGAUUACUUGGGACAACCCUAAAGAAUUAGAAGGCUAUAUCCAGAAACUCCAGAAUGCUGCUGAGCGACUUGCCACGGAAAACAGGAAGCUGAGAAAGUGGCACACUACAUUUUGUGAGAAGGUAGUCAUUCUGAUGAAUAUUGAUCUGCUUCGGCAGCAGCAGCGUUGGAAGGAUGGGCUGCAGGAGCUGAGGACUGGCCUAGCAAGUGUGGCAGCACAGGGGUUCCAAGCCAGUGACAUGCAGGCAUGGAGGCAACACUGGAACCACCAGCUCUACAAGGCUCUGGAGCACCAGUAUCAGAUGGGCCUGGAGGCGCUGAAUGAGAACCUGCCAGAGAUAAAUGUAGACUUAACCUACAAACAGGGAAGGUUACAAUUUAGGCCUCCUUUUGAAGAAAUCCGAGCUAAAUAUUACAGAGAAAUGAAGAGGUUCAUCGGCAUUCCCAAUCAGUUUAAGGGAGUGGGCGAGACUGGAGAUGAGUCAAUAUUUUCUGUUAUGAUUGAUAGAAAUGCAAGUGGAUUUCUGACUAUUUAUGGCAAAGCAGAAGAUCUGUUUAGAAGGCUGUCAGCUGUGUUACAUCAACAUAAGGAAUGGGUUGUAAUUGGACAAGUUGACAUGGAAGCUCUGGUGGAAAAGCACCUUUUGACUGUGCAUGAUUGGGAGAGGAAUUUUAAAGCACUGAAGAUAAAAGGGAAGGAAGUUGAGCGGCUCCCCAGUGCUGUCAAAGUGGACUGUCUUAGCAUCAACUGCAGCCCCGUGAAGACUGUGAUCGAUGAUCUCAUCCAGAAGCUGUUCGAUCUGCUGGUCCUUUCUCUGAAGAAGUCCAUCCAGACGCAUAUAUAUGAAAUCGAUACUUUCAUCACUGAGGCUAUGAAGAUCUUAACAAUAAUACCUCAGUCUGUGGAAGAAAUAGGGGAUACAAAUUUACAGUAUAGUAACCUGCAGGAUCGGAGGCCAGAGAUUUUGCCCUUGUUUCAAGAAGCUGAAGACAAAAACAGGCUUUUGCGAACUGUGGCAGGCGGCGGGGUGGAAACAGUUAGCAGUCUGAGAGCCAAGUGGGACAAAUUCGAGCUGAUGAUGGAAAGCCACCAACUUAUGAUUAAAGAUCAGAUUGAAGUCAUGAAAGGAAAUGUGAAGUCCCGCCUGCAGACCUAUCACCAAGAGCUGGAGAAGUUUCGAGCACGCUGGGACCAACUGAAACCUGGGGACGAGCUCAUUGAAGCCGGCAGGCCCAACACCCUGGGGCAGAGCGCGAAAGCCAUAAAGGAGAAAAAGCUGGAGUUCGAUGAUCUCGAAGCCAUAAGAAAAAAGCUAGUUGAUGACUGCCAUCAUUUUGGACUAGAGGAGCCCAACUUCUCCCUGGCGUAUAGCAUCUCUAAAGAUAUUGAGAGCUGUGCACAAAUCUGGGCUCUUUAUGAGGAGUUCCAGCAAGGUCUCCAGGAAAUGGCCAAUGAAGACUGGAUUUCUUACCGGACUAAGACCUAUCUGUUUGAGGAAUUUUUGAUGAACUGGCAUGACAGAUUGAGGAAAGUUGCAGAACAUUCAGUCAUGACAGUGAAAUUGCAGUCAGAAGUUGACAGAUAUAAAAUUAUAAUUCCUAUCUUGAAAUAUGUGAGAGGGGAGUAUCUUUCUCCAGACCACUGGCUUGACCUUUUUCGUCUGCUUGGCCUUCCUCGAGGGACCAGUCUGGAGAAAUUACUGUUUGGUGACCUGCUACGAGUUGCUGAUACAAUUGUAGAGAAAGCCUCAGACCUUAAAGAUUUAAAUAGUCGGGCACAAGGGGAAGUUACCAUCAGAGAAGCUUUGCGUGAACUCGAUCUGUGGGGAGUUGGAGCAGUAUUCUCCCUGAUUGAUUAUGAAGACAGCCAGAAUCGAACUAUCAAGCUGAUUAAAGACUGGAAAGACAUCGUGAACCAGGUUGGAGAUAACAGAUGCCUUCUUCAGUCCUUAAAAGAUUCUCCAUAUUACAAAGGAUUUGAAGAUAAAGUAUCAAUUUGGGAACGAAAACUUGCACAGUUAGAUGAGUACCUGCAGAAUUUAAAUCAUAUUCAGAGAAAAUGGGUGUACUUGGAGCCCAUUUUUGGCCGUGGAGCUUUGCCUAAAGAACAGUCACGCUUCAACAAAGUUGAUGAAGAUUUUAGAUCAAUAAUGAUGGACAUCAAGAAGGACAAUAGAGUUACCACAUUGACUACUCAUGCAGGAAUCCGAAAUGCUCUGCUAACAAUACUUGAUCAGCUUCAGAGAUGUCAGAAAUCCUUAAAUGAAUUUUUGGAGGAAAAACGGUCAGCAUUCCCAAGAUUUUAUUUUAUUGGUGACGAUGACUUGUUAGAAAUCCUGGGCCAGUCCACUAACCCGUCAGUGAUUCAGUCCCAUCUGAAGAAGCUGUUUGCAGGCAUUAACAGUGUGUGCUUUGAUGAGGAAUCCAAACAUAUAACUGCAAUGAAGUCGCUAGAGGGAGAAGUUGUGCCUUUUAAAAACAAAGUUCUCCUGUCAAAUAAUGUGGAGGCAUGGUUAAAUGAUUUGGCUUUGGAAAUGAAGCAGACUUUGAAACAGUUGUUGAAAGAAUGUGUUACUGCUGGGAGGAGUUCACAGGGUGCCAUCGACCCGUCUCUGUUCCCUUCCCAGAUACUGUGCUUGGCAGAGCAGAUCAAGUUUACUGAAGAUGUAGAAAAUGCCAUUAAAGACCACAGCCUCCACCAGAUUGAAACACAACUGGUAGCUAAACUAGAGCGCUAUACCAGUGUUGACACAAGUUCCGAGGACCCAGGGAACUCAGAAUCAGGCAUUCUGGAGCUUAAGCUUAAAGCACUAAUUCUUGAUAUUAUUCAUAAUAUUGAUAUUGUGAAGCAAUUAAACCAAGUUCAAGUUCAUACAACUGAUGACUGGGCUUGGAAGAAACAAGUCAGAUUCUAUAUGAAAAGUGACCAUACAUGUUAUGUUCAAAUGGUGGAUUCUGAACUUCAGUAUACAUAUGAGUACCAGGGUAAUGCUCCCAAGCUGGUUUAUACGCCGUUGACAGACAAAUGCUACCUAACUCUGACUCAAGCCAUGAAGAUGGGACUUGGUGGGAAUCCCUAUGGACCUGCUGGAACUGGGAAAACUGAGUCAGUGAAGGCGCUAGGCGGACUUCUUGGGAGACAAGUUUUAGUUUUUAAUUGUGAUGAGGGCAUUGAUGUGAAGUCAAUGGGGCGAAUAUUUGUUGGUUUGGUGAAGUGUGGGGCCUGGGGUUGCUUUGAUGAGUUCAACAGACUGGAAGAAGCUGUACUGUCGGCUGUUUCCAUGCAGAUCCAGACGAUUCAGGAUGCUCUGAAGAAUCACAGAACUGUCUGUGAGCUGCUUGGCAAAGAGGUAGAAAUAAAUUCUAACUCUGGAAUUUUUAUCACCAUGAAUCCUGCUGGAAAAGGUUAUGGAGGAAGACAAAAGCUUCCAGACAAUCUUAAGCAGCUUUUCAGGCCAGUGGCGAUGUCACGUCCAGACAAUGAUCUUAUUGCAGAAGUGAUUCUCUAUUCAGAGGGCUUCAAAGAUGCUAAAGAAUUGGGCAGAAAAUUGGUUGCUAUUUUCAACCUAUCUAGGGAACUUUUGACACCCCAGCAGCAUUAUGAUUGGGGGCUGAGAGCUUUGAAGACUGUUCUCAGAGGAAGUGGGAAUCUUCUGAGACAGCUGAAGAAAAAUGGCACAAAACAAGAUGUUAAUGAAAAUCAUAUUGUGGUACAAGCAUUGAGGCUUAAUACAAUGUCAAAAUUCACGUUUGCUGAUUGCACCCGGUUUGAUGCACUGAUCAAGGAUGUCUUCCCUGGAAUUGAGUUUAAAGAAGUGGAAUAUAGCGUGCUGAGCGCUGCGUUAAAGCAAGUCUUCGAGGAGGCCAAUUAUGAAGUCAUACCCAAUCAGAUGAAGAAGGCUCUCGAGUUGUAUGAACAGCUGUGCCAGAGGACAGGAGUUGUUAUUGUUGGCCCAAGUGGUGCUGGCAAGUCUACCCUUUGGAGAAUGUUAAGGGCUGCGCUUUGUAAAACUGGCAAAGUGGUAAAACAGUACACUAUGAAUCCCAAAGCUAUGCCCAGACACCAGUUAUUAGGACAUAUUGACAUGGACACAAGAGAGUGGUCCGAUGGUGUUUUGACGAAUAGCGCUCGCCAAGUAGUUCGUGAGCCUCAAGAAGUCAGCUCAUGGAUAAUUUGUGAUGGUGACAUUGACCCUGAGUGGAUAGAAUCUCUGAAUUCCGUUCUGGAUGAUAAUCGACUACUCACCAUGCCAAGUGGAGAAAGGAUUCAGUUUGGCCCAAAUGUUAACUUUGUAUUUGAAACUCAUGAUUUAAGCUGUGCUUCACCAGCCACAAUAUCUAGAAUGGGAAUGAUAUUUCUUAGUGAUGAAGAGACAGAUCUAAAUUCUCUGAUAAAAUCUUGGUUGAGGAAUCAGCCUGCUGAGUACAGAAGUAACCUUGAAAACUGGAUUGGAGAUUAUUUUUCAAAAGCUUUGCAGUGGGUUUUAAAGCAGAAUGACUAUGUGGUAGAAACAAGUUUGGUUGGUACUGUGAUGAAUGGUUUGUCCCACCUCCAUGGAUGCAGAGAUCAUGACCAGUUUAUUGUUAAUCUUAUACGAGGCCUGGGUGGAAAUCUAAACAUGAAAUCGCGUUUGGAAUUCACCAAGGAGGUCUUUAACUGGGCCCGGGAGUCCCCUCCAGACCCUCACAGACCAAUGGACACCUACUAUGACAUGGAUCGAGGACAGUUAGCAUCCUACGUGCUUAAGAAGCCAGAGAGCCUGACAGCUGAUGAUUUCAGUAGUGGCCAUUCCCUCCCUGUCAUCCAGACCCCUGACAUGCAGAGAGGUCUAGAUUAUUUCAAGCCUUGGCUGAGUUCUGAUACUAAACAGCCAUUUAUUCUCGUAGGACCAGAGGGAUGUGGCAAAGGGAUGCUGCUCAGGUAUGCCUUCUCUCAGCUUCGCUCCACGGAGGUUGCCACAGUCCACUGCAGCGCUCAGACUACUUCCCGGCAUCUUCUGCAGAAGCUGAGCCAGACUUGCAUGGUAAUCAGUACAAACACUGGCCGAGUGUACAGACCAAAAGAUUGUGAAAGACUUGUUUUGUACCUAAAGGAUAUCAACCUGCCCAAGCUUGAUAAGUGGGGGACCAGCACUCUGGUGGCUUUCCUCCAGCAGGUGUUGACAUACCAAGGAUUUUAUGAUGAAAAUUUAGAAUGGGUUGGUCUGGAGAAUAUUCAAAUUGUAGCUUCCAUGUCAGCUGGAGGAAGGCUGGGAAGACACAAGCUGACCACCAGGUUUACAUCUAUUGUUCGUCUUUGUGCCGUAGAUUACCCAGAGAGAGAGCAGUUGCAGACAAUCUAUGGAGCAUAUUUGGAAGCAGUUUUGCACAAAAAUCUGAAGAAUCAUUCUAUUUGGGGUUCUUCAUCAAAAAUUUACCUCUUAGCAGGCUCUAUGGUGCAGGUGUAUGAACAGGUGCGGGCCAAGUUCACAGUUGAUGAUUACAGUCACUAUUUCUUUACCCCCUGCAUCCUGACUCAGUGGGUGCUUGGCUUGUUCAGAUAUGAUUUAGAAGGAGGAUCUUCCAACCAUCCAUUAGAUUAUGUUCUGGAGAUUGUAGCCUAUGAGGCCCGACGCUUGUUUCGGGACAAAAUCGUUGGGGUGAAGGAGAUUCAUCUGUUUGAUAAUAUUCUAACCGCAGUGUUCCAAGGAGACUGGGGCUCAGAUAUACUAGACAACAUGGCAGAUAGCUACUAUGUCACAUGGGGAGCCCGGCAUAGCUCAGGAGCAAAUACAGUUCCAGGACAGCCAUUACCUCCACAUGGGAAACCACUUGGCAAACUGACCUCUGCAGACCUGAAGGAUGUCAUUAAGAAGGGACUUAUUCAUUAUGGACGGGAUAACCAGAAUUUAGAUAUUUUACUUUUCCAAGAAGUUCUGGAGUAUAUGUCUAGGAUAGACAGAGUGCUAAGUUUCCCUGGAGGCUCACUUCUCUUGGCAGGACGCAGUGGUGUGGGGCGGCGAACUGUCACAUCUGUAGUGAGCCACAUGCAUGGUGCGGUGCUCUUCUCGCCCAGGAUCUCCAGAGGCUACGAGCCCAAGCAGUUCAGCAGUGACCUCAAGCAUGUGAGUCAGUGCUGCAUUCUCGCGGGGAUUGAGGCUCAGCAGGUAGUCUUACUUCUGGAGGAUUACCAAUUUGUACACCCUACAUUUUUGGAGAUGAUCAAUAGCCUUUUGUCUUCAGGCGAGGUCCCUGGCCUGUACACUCUGGAAGAGCUGGAGCCUUUGCUGUUGCCUCUGAAAGAUCAGGCUUCCCAGGAUGGUUUCUUUGGACCAGUCUUCAAUUACUUCACAUAUAGAAUUCAACAAAACUUGCAUAUUGUCUUGAUUAUGGAUUCUGCAAAUAUGAAUUUCAUAAUAAACUGUGAGAGCAAUCCAGCUCUGCAUAAGAAGUGCCAAGUGCUGUGGAUGGAGGGCUGGUCAGACAGCAGCAUGAAGAAGAUACCAGAGAUGUUAUUCAGUGAAACAGAUGGUGAAGAAAAACAUGACAAAAAAAGAAAGGAAGAAAAGAAAAAAAAUUCAGUUGAUCCUGACUUUCUAAAAUCAUUCUUAUUAAUCCAUGAGUCUUGUAAAGCAUAUGGGGCCACCCCAAGCAGGUACAUGACCUUUCUUCAUGUGUAUUCUGCCAUCAGCAGCAGCAAGAAAAAGGAGUUACUGAAAAGACAAAGUCAUUUACAGGCUGGUGUGUCUAAACUAAACGAAGCCAAAGCUCUUGUGGAUGAGCUGAACAGAAAGGCUGGUGAGCAGAGCGUAUUGCUUCGGAUGAAGCAGGAUGAAGCUGACGCUGCCCUUCAGGAGAUCACCGUGUCCAUGCAGGAUGCGAGUGAGCAAAAAACGGAACUUGAAAGACUAAAACAGAAAAUAGCAGAAGAAGUUGUUAAAAUUGAAGAAAGAAAAAGUAAAAUUGAUGAUGAAUUAAAAGAAGUUCAACCUCUAGUCAAUGAAGCUAAGCUAGCCGUUGGAAACAUUAGACCAGAAUCUCUUUCAGAAAUCCGCUCACUACGCAUGCCACCAGAUGUAAUUCGAGACAUUCUUGAAGGAGUUUUGAGGCUAAUGGGUAUCUUUGAUACAUCGUGGGUAAGCAUGAAAAGCUUCCUUGCAAAAAGGGGUGUGAGAGAAGACAUUGCAACUUUUGAUGCACGGAACAUCCCAAAGGAGAUACGAGAGAGUGUAGAGGAGCUUCUCUUCAGAAACAAAGCAUCUUUUGAUCCAAAGAACGCUAAGCGUGCCAGCAUUGCAGCUGCACCUCUGGCUGCCUGGGUUAAGGCCAAUGUACAGUACUCCCAUGUCUUGGAACGGAUCCAGCCCCUGGAGACAGAGCAGUCAGGAUUAGAGUCGAAUUUGAAGAAAACUGAAGACAGAAAAAGAAAGCUAGAAGAUCUUCUUAACUCUGUUGGUCAAAAAGUGUCAGAGCUCAAAGAAAAAUUUCAGAGCAGGACUUCAGAAGCUGCCAAACUUGAAGCUGAAGUCAGUAAGGCACAGGAGACCAUCAAAGCUGCAGAAGUCCUGAUUAGUCAGCUGGACAGAGAACACAGGAGAUGGAACUCACAGGUUUCUGAGAUAUCGGAGGAGUUAGCUACCCUCCCCAAAAGAGCUCAGCUGGCAGCUGCGUUCAUAACCUACCUCUCUGCUGCUCCGGAAGGCCUCAGGAAGAACUGUCUGGAAGAAUGGACUAAGGCAGCUGGUUUAGAGAAAUUUGAUCUAAGGAGAUUUCUUUGUACUGAAAGUGAGCAGUUGAUCUGGAAAAGUGAAGGCCUUCCAUCUGAUGACCUCUCUGUAGAGAAUGCCAUUGUGAUCCUACAGAGUCGUGUGUGCCCAUUCCUGAUAGAUCCGUCUUCUCAGGCGACAGAGUGGUUAAAGACACAUCUGCAAGACUCACGUUUGGAAGUGAUUAACCAACAGGACAGUAACUUUAUCACAGCUCUCGAGUUGGCAGUGCGUUUUGGGAAAACCCUCAUUAUACAAGAGAUGGAUGGGGUGGAGCCUGUUCUUUAUCCACUGUUGAGACGAGAUCUGGUUGCUCAAGGUCCACGGUAUGUGGUACAAAUAGGUGACAAAAUCAUUGACUAUAAUGAAGAUUUCCGCCUUUUCUUGUCAACAAGAAACCCAAAUCCCUUCAUCCCACCUGAUGCCGCGUCCAUCGUGACUGAGGUGAACUUUACCACGACCAGAAGUGGACUUCGAGGGCAGCUUUUAGCCUUAACUAUUCAGCAUGAAAAGCCUGAUCUAGAAGAACAGAAAACAAAACUGCUGCAGCAGGAGGAAGAUAAGAAGAUACAGUUAGCCAGACUCGAGGAGUCUCUGUUGGAGACACUUGCUACAUCUCAAGGCAAUAUUUUGGAAAAUAAGGAUUUGAUUGAAUCUUUGAAUCAGACAAAAGCAAGCAGUGCGCUUAUUCAAGACUCACUUAAAGAAUCUUAUAAACUCCAGAUUUUCCUUGACCAAGAGCGGGAUGCCUAUCUGCCUUUGGCUGAGAGUGCCAGCAAGAUGUACUUCAUCAUCUCUGACUUGUCCAAGAUUAAUAACAUGUACCGCUUCAGUUUGGCUUCCUUUCUCCGACUUUUCCAACGAGCUCUGCAGAACAAACAGGACUCUGAAAAUACAGAACAGAGAAUCCAGUCUCUUGUCAGCUCACUGAAGCAUAUGGUGUAUGAAUAUAUAUGCCGGUGCCUGUUUAAGGCUGAUCAGUUGAUGUUUGCUUUGCAUUUUGUUCGAGGUAUGCAUCCUGAACUUUUUCAAGAAAAUGAAUGGGACACGUUUACAGGUGUGGUUGUUGGAGACAUGCUGCGCAAAGCUGACUCUCAACAGAGAAUUCGUGAUCAGCUUCCAUCUUGGAUAGAUCAGGAAAGAAGCUGGGCAGUGGCAACACUGAAGAUCGCACUCCCCAGUCUCUACCAGACCCUCUGCUUUGAAGACAUGGCACUUUGGCGGACUUACUAUCAUCACUCAAUGUGUGAACAGGAAUUUCCAUCAAUUCUUGCAAAGAAAGUUUCCUUAUUUCAGCAGGUUCUUGUUGUUCAGGCUCUACGACCGGACAGACUGCAGAGCGCCAUGGCUCUGUUUGCCUGUAAGACCCUGGGACUGAAGGAGUUAUCCCCUCUUCCCCUGAAUCUCAAACGUUUAUACAAAGAGACGCUAAACAUCGAGCCCAUCUUGAUAAUCAUUUCCCCAGGAGCUGACCCUUCUCAGGAACUUCAAGAACUUGCUAAUGCUGAAAGAAGCAGCGAGUGUUACCACCAGGUUGCUAUGGGUCAAGGUCAAGCUGAUUUAGCAAUACAAAUGCUAAAAGAAUGUGCCCAGAAUGGAGACUGGCUCUGUUUGAAGAACUUACAUCUCGUGGUGUCUUGGCUUCCAGUUCUGGAGAAGGAAUUGAAUACUCUUCAACCUAAAGAUACCUUUCGUCUGUGGCUCACUGCGGAGGUUCACCCUAACUUCACCCCCAUUUUACUCCAGUCAAGCUUGAAGAUAACAUACGAGUCACCUCCAGGUUUGAAGAAGAAUUUGAUGCGUACUUAUGAGUCUUGGACUCCUGAGCAAAUUAACAAAAAAGAUAACCUGCACCGGGCUCAUGCUCUCUUUAGUUUAGCAUGGUUUCAUGCUGCCUGUCAGGAAAGAAGAAAUUAUAUUCCACAGGGUUGGACCAAGUUUUAUGAGUUUUCGUUAUCAGAUCUUCGGGCUGGGUACAACAUCAUUGACAGGCUCUUCGAUGGUACCAAAGAUGUCCAGUGGGAAUUUGUACAUGGCUUACUUGAAAAUGCUAUCUAUGGAGGGCGCGUAGAUAACUGUUUUGACCUUAGGGUUCUUCAGUCAUACUUGAAGCAGUUUUUUAAUUCUUCAGUAAUUGAUGUACCAAACCAAAGGAACAAGAAAAGCAUUUUUCCAUAUUCCAUAUCUCUCCCAAACUCCUGCAGCAUUUUGGACUAUCGUGCUGUCAUUGAGAAGCUCCCAGAAGAUGAUAAACCCAGCUUCUUUGGUCUGCCCGCCAACAUUGCUCGCUCAUCUCAGCGCAUGACCAGUUCUCAGGUCAUCUCCCAGCUCCGGAUCCUGGGAAGAUCUGUCACAGCUGGCUGCAAAUUUGACAGAGAACUCUGGUCUAAUGAACUUUCCCCCAUCCUCAAUCUCUGGAAGAAACUCAACCAGAAUUCAAACCUAAUCCAUCAGAAAGUAUCACCUCCCAAUGACCGACAAGGAUCUCCAAUAUUAUCGUUCAUCAUUCUUGAGCAGUUCAAUGCCAUCCGCUUAGUACAAAGUGUCCAUCAGUCUCUUGCUGCCCUCAGCAAAGUCAUCAGAGGAACUACUUUACUGAGUUCAGAAGUACAAAAACUGGCAAGUGCCUUAUUAAACCAAAAGUGUCCUCUCACAUGGCAGAGCAAGUGGGAAGGCCCCGAGGAUCCCCUCCAGUACCUGCGAGGUCUUGUAGCCCGUGCCCUUGCAAUUCAGAAUUGGGUCGAUAAAGCUGAAAAGCAAGUUCUGCUUUCUGAUACCCUCGACCUGUCUGAACUUUUCCAUCCAGACACAUUCCUUAACGCACUUCGCCAGGAAACUGCGAGGGCAAUGGGCUGCUCUGUGGAUAGUCUUAAAUUUGUAGCAUCCUGGAAAGGCCGACUUCAAGAAGCAAAGCUGCAGAUUAAGAUCAGUGGUUUGUUACUGGAAGGAUGCAGCUUUGACGGCAAUCACCUUUCAGAAAACCAGCACGAUUCUCCCAGUGUGUCGACAGUUCUUCCUUGCUUUAUGGGCUGGACUCCACAGGCUGCAUAUGGUCCAUACUCCCCUGACGAAUGCAUCUCUUUACCUGUUUAUACAAGUGCUGAGAGGGACCGUGUGGUGACCAACAUCGAUGUUCCCUGUGGAGGCAACCAGGACCAGUGGAUCCAGUGUGGGGCAGCGCUGUUUCUUAAAAAUCAGUAAAUCUGAGGCAACACAGAACAAUUUAGCAAAGUGACAUUUAUGACAAAGUUUUACACAGAACAUGUAGUCAGUCUGAAAUGUUAGUUCAGAAUAUCUGUAGUUAGUUCUUCUUGUUGAUCUCCUUGGGUUCUUAUUUUAAUAAAUGUGUAAUACCAGCACUAUGUACCUUAAGGAGAAGGGUAUUUGGUAGCAUUAGCUGUUUUUAUGAAAAAUUUGCUUUUUCAGGAAUUCAAUUAUUUAAGGUUUAAAGUACUAUAUUUAAGAAAUCAAUAAUAUUUUGGGUAUUUUGUAUAAUUGCAUCUGCUUAUUAUAGUCUUCUGUGGUUUUAAAUAUGUAUACCACUUUCCUUUUAAGCAUUGAACACUGUGCAAAGGCAUAAUGAAUGAUCUUAACAA